AUGCCGCGAACACUACCAUGGCUCGUGCGAGGAGCCACAAAGAAGGGUGCUCCAACAGCUUCGCCAGCUCCGCGACAGUCCCGCAAGCGAUCAUCCUCACCCGCCGACUUGGUGAACUCUGAUCUGGACGCACUGCCCGGGACUGAACCUCCCAAGCGCACAGAGAAGAAGCCGAAGAAGCGGGUGGAGCGCUCGUCCUCUCCUCCAGCGCCUACAGCACCAGAAUUUGAAUACAUGAACGAGGGAUAUGGCGCCGACGACAUUUACAUGAUGGUAGAGGACGAGUUCGACUCUACAGCUCGCUCCUUUACACAGCAUAUUCAUCACGCGGAGUAUCAGCGGCUUAGAAGGCUGCACAAAUCCCGCGGGGCUGAAACACUGCGAAGGCUCGACCAUGGGACCGACGGCAGCACGGCGCAAAGUCGGGCGUUGAGGUUGAAGAUGGAAGCGCAGGAGCUGGCAAAGAAGCGUAACAAGACACCUGAAAGCGAGUCGGAGAGUGACGAUGAGUAUCAGAUGGAUCCACAGUUAGCAGGCUUGAUGGCAUCCAGCCAAAGGGCGAAGCCUAAAGAUGUCAGUGGCUUGACCAAGGCCAAAAGCAAGACGAGAGCUGCAGCGGGAUACUUGCAAAGUCCGCACAAGGCCAACAAGUGGAAGGAGGUCCCUAGUAGUCCUGUCCCCACAAAAUCUAAGAUCUAUUCCGUGCCCGAAGAGGAGUCAACGGAUGAGGACGACCUCGAUGCAGCUCCACGAGCAGCCAAACCUACUGCUCGACCGCGAUCGAACGUUGCAGAGGACCGGGGUUCCGGUCAAUCGUAUCAACGUGAAAACACAAAGGCUAAAACCAUUGGCUUCUUUAAAGCCUUCGCAAAGCCGCCUGUAGAGGGUACCAACAUUGCCCGGAAACCGGAAAAGACGCUCAACCAUAGCAACUCGUCUUCUCCCACCAAGAGAACGCGCGAAGGGAGAGAGUUUCCAGCAGUACCAAAGACGAAUAAUUCUUCCAGCAGUCAUCCCAUAGCAGACCGCAGCGCACGAGUAGCGGAGAUUCUUGCACGGCGCCGGCAGACCGCAAAUCAGUCAACUGGUCAUGCAGCACCUGCGAAGAUCAAACAGCAGAUAGACAUGAGAAGGGAUGGAACGAAGCAGGACUCGAACCCACGGUCAUACAAUACCUUCGGGUCAUCAAAGCCGGAGACGAAGGGUCCUCGAGCAGACCACACAGCAGCUCAGCGCAAGAAGUCCGAUGAUGAAGAGAAGAAGGAGGAUAAGAAGAAGAAGAAGAACGGCAUCAAAGACAUUCCACUGUUCCUGUUCUGA